AGUAGAAGAAAGCGUGUGUCUAUUGUUAGUGAAAAAGUAGUUCGCCAACUGUUAGCUCGUUUUAGACGGCGAAAUUCUUCGGCUUCCGGCGGAGUGUUGUGAGUGUUACAAGCCGCAGUGCAUGUCGGUGGCCACGGGGAAUCCAGUGGCGGAGGGCUUACGGUGGCAAGCGCCGUACGGGGCCGGGAGGUGUAACCCUGCUGGGGUGGAGAUGGCUUCUGAAAUGGCAGAUUUCCAUGAUAUGUGGCAAGAUAUUGAAAGUGUUCUUCUUGGUACUCCCGAUUCUGGUGCUGCAGAAUCCAGACCCCAAAUGUAUUUCUGUAAUCCUGAUGGUAGCUCUCAUGCAUUUUCAAAACCUACACACCAACCAGAGACAUCAACAACAACGACCACUUCAUCUACAAGCUAUGCCUACCAUCAUCCUCAUUCGCAUCAUCUGCAGCAUAUUGCUCAGCAACAGCAGCACUAUAUGAAUACGCCAAGCUCAAUGUCCAAUGCAAAAUACCCAGCAACAAACGGAUCAAAUAAUUACAGUUUCGGAGCAUAUCGAAAUGAUUUUAAAAGGGAGAUGAUAGGAAGUUGCGUCAGUCGCAACGAAUGUGCUAAUCCACCUUUCGAUUCUGCUAACUAUCCUCCCCUUCACAAUAGCUACUCUACGGACAACAAACAUGAUCCAAUGUUAAAUUCUUCCAUAAUGUACAACAGUCAAAAUGGACUGUACAGUGGACCUAUGGUCGGUCUUCAGUCCCAUAUGUCUCCACCUGCUUCACCGGAAAAUUCAAAUAUUCACAACAGCUAUGGCCAAACACCUGUUCCAGUUGAUGGCUAUCCAACUACAAAUACAGGAACACAUGCUGCAAGGCCACCAAUUGUGACCGGGUAUGGUUAUAACAUGACAAGUGGUAUGGGACCACCAGCGCAUUUGAGGAUGAUGACCCCUCCAUCGUCACCUCACCUUGCUGAUCUUUUGGCGGGAGCUAAUGGAAGUGCCUUGCCGUAUGGAAUGACCAGACCACCUGUUAACCAUCCACCAUCACAACUCUUACCCACAGGAUUAGGAACUUUGCCAACCACUAAACAUCGAAGGGGAAGGAGGAGCACUGGAAGAAAGAAGAUAACAGUUCAUACUUGUUCUCAUUCAGGGUGUACAAAGACUUACACGAAAAGUUCACACCUGAAAGCCCACCUAAGGACUCACACAGGCGAAAAGCCUUAUCAGUGUAACUGGAAAGGCUGCGGUUGGAAAUUCGCCAGAUCUGAUGAAUUGACUCGGCACUACAGAAAACAUACAGGCGAUAGACCUUUCCAGUGUAGGUUGUGUGAACGAGCGUUCUCAAGAUCAGACCAUCUGUCACUGCAUAUGAAAAGACAUGCGGCGGUGUGAUUUUUUGGACAAAUAUCUUUGUGGACCCUGUUUAUCACCAUUUCAUAGCAACCAUGCCAAAUUACAAAUCCAUCCAGCGAUAAACUAUGUUUAUUUUUAAAAGAUUUUAACUCUCUCCAGUUACUUGCCAAACAAACAUUAAUUAUGUGCGCGAUAAAAAAUUUAAUUGGUGAAAAUUCAUUCCAGAUAUUUAUAACAAACUCUUUUAAGACGUCAUUUCUAUAAGCAACCUUUCAUUUUAUUUUAUUAAAGUUAUCUGCUUCAGAUAAACCGAUUCUUUCUGAAUUCGAAAUUAGUUUCAAAAAGGAGCAUUCAAGAAUAUUUAAGAGUCGAUAAGCAAGAACUUAACAUACAGUUAAAAUAACAUUCAUUUUCUGUGAAAAACAUUGAGUCUAGCUCUCUCUGAAGUCUGGAAAAGAAAAUUUCCUUUCCAUCUUUCACUUCCUUUUCCAUUCAAUACUUCAGCAAAAAGGAAAAAUAUCAUCAAGACAGAUAGUGAUAACAAAUUCUACAAAAAUUUCGAGAAGGACAGAAAACGUUCUUAAGAAAGAAUUUUAUCGAAUUGCAGUCAUAGACUUCAGGUUCCAUGCAAAACUACAUUCAGCCUAUCUAGUCAUUUAUACAAAUGAAAUACAUCUACUUUGGAACUAAAGGUUAUACUUAAAAGUAUUUUAAAGGAAUGCCAGAACAUUCAAAGUAGCUUACUAUGAAGAAUGAUUCAAGGUCAGAAAAUGCCAGGAAGGAAUGAUGGCAGUGGUAUCAAUUUCAAAGAAAAUGCAUGUUUCACUUAUGCUUCUUCUUAACAAUUUUCUUGCUUUUUUUUUAUUGAAUUGUUAUUAUUUUACAUCACAAAUUUGUACAGCCAUAUCAAAAACAGUCUAUUUUUAAUUAAAUGUCAAGUAAAAGUUGGUGCAAAAUUGGUCAUUUGUACAUUAAAAAAUUCUUUUGUAAAUAUUUCAUGUAAUAUAUUUAGAUCAAAUAUGUUUAACGAUCAAAUUUGAAAUAUUAUCCUUGAGUUAUCUGAGAUGUGUACCAAGCAUUUUAUUGAAAAGACAUAGCGAAAUUUAGAAAUUAAAUAUUGUUAAUUAUAUGAAAUUGUUUCCGAAUAAUCUUAAAGCCCAAAGAUAGAAUUUUCGAAAAAUUUCAUUUGUAAUCACUUUUAAACAAUUUGGCAUUUAAUGCAAUCUCUCCAAAAAAGAAAGAUAUUUAUGAAAUUAAUGAACUAA